AUGACCUCGCGAAAAUUCUCCCUCGCGUUGCAGAGAAUGCUGAAAAAACGGCUGACUUUUUUACUUCGCGAAAUCGCGUUGGAAGGAAGAGACGGGUGCACGUUGCCGAAAGCGUUUGAACUUUUAGACACUUCUUUGGAAAGGAGAAGGAAGUUACGAGAAGACGGAGAGUCGAACGAACGAGACGAGGACGACACGGACGACGAGGACGAUGAAGACGUCGAUGUGUUCGAUGAUUUAGACGAAGAAACUGGCGACGAGGAGAAAGAAGAACAUAUCGACGACGAGGAGAAGAAAAAGAAGAGAAAAGUUGAGAAACUGAAACGAUUGGUGUUCCAACGACUCGUCUCGCGGAGUUCGCUCGCAAAGACGAGUGAUUUUGACACGUUGGAAUCGAUGGAAAUGAGACCACCGGACGUGUACUUCAUGGUGAAACUUCCAGAGAAGUGCAAAGUGAACACAACAGAGCAAGAAGCGCUCGUGGAAAUCGACGCGGCGGAGAAAUUCAUCGUGCGGGAGAGUUUCGACUUUCGAAAGUCGAGGCGAGGCGGCGGCGACGGUGCAAAUAGUAACAUCAAGAACAGCGAAAACAAGGCGAGUAAUAAAAGUAGCAAAAAGAAAUCUAAGAACCAACUACAAGGGUGCGAUGGAGACAAAGUGGACGGAUGUCUCAUCACUUUUGAGGAGUGCAUGGAUGCUGAAAUUGCCAAUCCAAUCACGCUUGUCGCUUCUUUGCACGCGCGAGAAGCCGUAUUGAGUUUAACCGAUGCGAGGUCGUGGGAACAAGUUCUUUCGCCAUUUGCGAGACGCAUUUUAGAAUUUGUCGCGAAAAGAAGACAGCAUGGCGCCACGACGGCGGAAAUGAGUGCUCAUCUUAACAUGAAAUCUUCAAAAAUAGAUCCACACGCGAGGCAACUCGAAGGUUUGCGCAUCAGCUUGAGGAGGAAAGUGUUUCGUCAAGAGUCGAAAACGACCGAAAGCGGCAUGUGGCUUCCAGAAUUUGUACCGAGAAAGGCGACAGCUUUGAGCCACACGAUGAAAAAGAAAUACGCCGAUCGAUUGUUUAAUAUUUUGGAAGAGGCUGGUAAGGCGCACGCGGUGCCAAUUGACGACAUUAAACCUGAGAUGGCGAAAGCGUUGAACAGUUUGAUUUACGACAUGAAUCCAAGACGGUCUCAAAAAUUAUUCGGCGAACUUCGCAACGAAUUAGUCGAGAAAAAAUGCAUCCUCCUCGGAGUUGUGAACGUCGAAGACGAAAAAACGGGGAGAACUGUUGUCAAGGAAGCGCUUCAAUUGAUCGAGCGCCCGCAAGAGUACACCUACAAAGCAACUGCAUCGAUGGCGCAGGUGAUUGACGGUGCCGAUAAAAACGCCCCGUUGCUCCUACCGUCCUCAGAAAAGGAAAAGGAGAAUGAACUUCUUCUCGCAAAAGCCGAUAAGAAUAAAACGAUAACACCAUGGAUUAAAGAUGAUGUCGAAUACGAACCCUCUCAGUACACGAUGUGGACAGGUAACGGUAGCAGAGAGCUCGUUUUAGAGGAAACGUACGAGUCUCAACUCCUCGAAAGAUUAGCAAAAAGUAGCUCCGGCGCAACCGUAAAGGCUCUCGGAAUCGAGUUCGAUAUCGCGUGCAAACCGCUGCAAAGAAAAUUAGAAAAAUUAGAGCUAUCAGAUAAGCUUCUUGACCGUACGACGGUUCGAGCGGGAUCGAAUGUCAACGUGUAUUAUAAGCUGAAAGAGUCCAUUGCUCGAAAGCGCGGCAUCGCGAUGGCUCGCGAAGGUGAAAAUUUUGGACCGAAUGGAGACGGCGAGAUUACUAAUACGCAGCUUAUGGCAAAUAAACCUCUGGAUAGGAACGAAGUUCGAUUUCAAUACGUAAAGGAACACAUAUUAGAGAAAGGCUUUGCAUUUCAAUCGCGUUUGGGUACUUGGUUAGCCAAGAAGGAGGGGCACGGAUUAGCGCGCGUCGACGUGAUCCAGAUCAAACAAAUCGUAGAAACUUUACUGCAAAAGGAAAAGUUUUCCCAUUUUGUUGUGAGAGGAUUAUCGGGCAAAGAAGAUACAUUGCUGUGCUCGCCAGAGUUUUUUAAUUCGAUAGACCACAAAAAUCUUACGGACGAGUUCAUAACGAAUAUGUUGUAUCACGGCGAGCAGUUGCGACUUGCAAAGCGAAAAAAAUUAGAAAGUUCUGGCAUGGAGCUUCCGCAGUUGCAGGCGUUUGAGAAAGAAGUACCGACAACUGCGACUGCGACAACGACGGGAGCAAGAAAGAGUGUGAAAAACACGAGCAAAAUGGGCAGCGAAAUUUUGCUCUUGGCAAAUGGAAACGAAGUUACUAGCGACGAUACGAAAAGAUUGACACCGCCGCCACCUCCACGAAUCUCAACCCUGAGUGUUAGUACUCCUAAAAAUCCAGUUGAUGUCCCAUUUGAGCGGUUGCGAUACGAAAAUGCGUUACGAUUCGGUAUUUUCCGCUCACAUGUGUUGCGAUGCCGCGCUUUGCAUUUACAUUUAAUUCAAAAUGCGACGAAUGGAUGCAUCUCCGCGCACGAACUUCGAAAAAAUAUUCCGGUCAAAUUGCACUUUCAGCUCGCACCGCCUCCGAAUGGGUUGAGCGCGACUCAGCUUGCGAAGUUAUACGUCGCUGUUGUCGAGGAUGUAAAAUUUUCGGACUUGGAUAAGACAUUAGCCAAAGCAGCGUACGACUCGGAUGCCAUAGGAGACGUGUUGAAAGGAUUGAAGAACAUGGGAUUGUGGACGUACGGUACAACUCCGAGCGCGCCGACACCUUUGCCAUCGAGGAAGCGAAAAGCGCCCAUUCAAGAAGAUAUUGACUGCAAAGAAGAGGAGAACGGUAUCGGUGUUUCUUUACAACUCGCAGCUGUCGGCACAUACGUCAAAUCGGAAGCUGAUGGUGGUAAAAACAAAAUAGAAAUGAACCUUACAACCAUUGAGUCCUGCAAUGCGUAUUGGAACGCUCUCGAAAAAACGUUUGCAGGUGUGAAAGUUGACGUCGACUUGUGCUCAAAUGGAAACAACACCAUCGCAAUGACGCAGAAGAAGAGUUGGGACUUAUCCAUGAUCAUUCAGAAUUCCAAAGAAGCGUUGCUUUUAGCGAUCCGAUUUGAAGAUUUGUGGAAGCGCUGGGUGCAAAGCUCGAUGGACGAGCCACAUCCAAACCAUGCGCAGAGACGGUAUCCCACAAGAGACGAGCUAUCAAAGCCUGAAAAUACAUCGUUAAGAGUUGAUUUAGCAGCUGCACAGCGUAAGGUUGGUUUAAAACCGGUAACAGCCUUGAAGGAAACGCCAAUCCUCGCAUUUGUGCAGAAACAAAUAGUAUCGGACAGAAAAGAGUGCACCGGCUUGACUGAAAAGAGGAUUGACGAUUUGUGGAAAGUAUACGGUGAAAGCGUUCAAAAAACUCUUCUUGGAGGCCACGCUACGUUCGGAGUGGAUGGUGGGAAGACGCUGGGCGUAAAAAGCACGGACUCUGGCGUUAUCACGGAGAACGAGUUACAACAAAUUGCGCUCAUAGCGAGACAAAAGUCAAAGCGUGAAUCGUCCAAGAAUCAAAAUAUUCAACGCAACAACAAUAAAAGCAAGAACAAUGCUGAUGGUAGCGAUAGUGAUGAAGGAAAGGAUAACGGCGAUGAUAUGAUUGGUGGUCCCCUUUUACACGAUCUCGAUGAUGACGAAGAUGAUGACAUAGAUGAAGAUGAAGACAACAACGCAAACCUCUCUUCGAGACUGCGAUUCCGGGCGCCAAAAAUGAUUUUCGAUAUAGAUUCUGAUACCUUCUUGCUGACGACUGUGAUUCAAUACAUGAUAAUAUCAGGGCCGGGCGACAUUGAUCCGUCAUUAAAUCUCGGAGCUCGUUCGGCUACUUUUGGUAACGUUGCUUUGGUAUUCCAGGCUAUGCGAGAAUCCUGGGUUGAUCGAUACAGAAAUGCAACGGAGUUGGCCAUCAUGAAAAGAUGGAGAAUCAUAUGCAAACAUGCUUCUCCAACGGAGGAAGCAGGUGGGAUCAUCAGAUCUGCAUACAACUACGCAAAGCUUGAGUACGAAUCUGGGAAAGAGUCGCGGCGAAAGCGAGAUGAGAGUCUUCUGGAUGGAUUAUUAUCUGUAAAAUCUACAGAAGAAUCUGACGAGCCUAUUGGGAUCCAGGAGCAAAUCGAGCGCGUGACCGAUUCAAUUCAAGGAAGAGAACGCGCUCCGGAAGGAAAGAAUUGGGAAAUGUCCGGCGAAUGGACUCUAGAUAUUCAGCAACGCGUCGCGGUGAUGGCAAGACAGAUUCUCUUAAACAACAGUUUUGAAAGUCGGAAAAAUAUUAUUGCUCCGGAGAAUAGAAACGGUGACAGAGUUAACGCGGCAGAGAAGAAUGAUUAUGGGAAAAUGGAAGUUGGAACCACCAUUACCGCAACGAACAACAAUGACAACAACAACAAUAUGGACGUCGAAAAAGACCAUAUUGACGAUGGGGACGAUGAUUUCGACGGCACUGCCGCCGGUGUUGACGAUGACGACAAUGACGAAAAAGAAGUUGGAGAAAAAGUUGAGGGACGGAAUGCCGAGAAGGAGAUGGAAAAGGAUUACGAGAAGAAAGCAACAGCUGCAGUAAAAGUGGAUCCUACAAAGGAGGGUGAGGAGGCGCCGGAUUCUGAGAAACCAUCAGUAAAUUUGGAUCCAUCCGAAUGGUUAGUCUUGGACGAAGUCAAAUGUGAAAUGUGCCAAGGCGGUGAUCGCGAAGAUGAAGUGCUCUUGUGCGAUGGAUGUGAUUGCGGUUUUCACAUAUUCUGUUUAAAACCACCUUUAAAGAAAAUUCCAGACGGCGAUUGGUUCUGUGAGAAAUGUAAAGCCGCACUGGAACCGGUAGACGACGAUGAUGCCGAAUUGAGAAAAAUCAUAGAGAAAGAGCGCGCGGGUAUGCGAGACAAUUUAGAUUGGCUUGAGGCAUCACGCCGCGCGACCACAUCGCGCAGAAAAACCGCCGGAGUUCCUGCCCGCGUUUCUGCUCUUCCACCCGCUUAUCGCGAGAAUGGCGAAAAUAUGGGAUUGGCAAUGGGAGGCAAACGAAAGUUUACGAAGAAGUUUACGCAAAUACGAUUCAACGAAGAACGCCGUGCACGUAACGAUAGUGUCGGCGAACCUAUCAUCGAGAUUCGUAAAAGGGCAAUUGAAAUUUUCAAUGAUAUGUUUGCAGAGAAAAGUUCAGAAGGAGAAGAGACUGCAAAUGCCAACGGUGUCACGCAUGAGAUUUUGCCCGUGCACGCGAUCAAUGCUGCUUCUAUGCUGGCUUACGUUUCAGGCAUGAUUACAAACAAUAUUGAUAUGGUAUCAUUGGCAGAGCUCGAUGAAGUGAGCAAUCCUUCCGAUGCCAAAUGGGCAUUCAAAGUGCUCGCGAAGAAUAGUAAGGAGUGCUCUUCGUUUGGAUUUAAAACUUCGGGGGAGAAAAUCCAGCGUUCAUUCCAACUCAUCGCGGAAGAUUGCGGCAACAACGCGGAUGACGACGACGCGAUGAAUAUCUGUGAAAGCGAUCCAAACAUCGAGCGAGAAAUUACGCGAUAUGUUUCCGCACGCUUGAAUGCGAGCGAAUCCGAUAUCGUAGAGUUCAUUGGCGAUGACGCCUCCAGCGCAAAACGAGCACUCAAAGCGCUCACGGCGCGAGGUGAGCUUCUUUUACGAACCGUACAAGCGCACCGUUCCAGUGUGCCAAGCAUCUUCGGUAAAGUAAAAGAAAGCAACGACACAGCAAACACAAACGCGAAAACUGAAAAGUUUUAUUGCGUUCCUAUUGAGAAUCAAAGGGUCGUUUUGUAA